UUUGAAGAAGAAGAAGAAGAAAUGAAGAUAAAAGGAACAGACCAUUGACCCGGUUGGGUCGAAUCAACAAAUCGAAAACGCUAUAUUUGAUCCUCUUUGAGUUUUAUGACUUAUAUAGUCAAAGACAGAGAUAGGUUAUGAAACUUGGAUCUUUUUCUUGACUGUCAAUGCUAAAAAAAUGUCAAUGCUAUUUCGGAGAAUUGUUAGCAAAUUGCAAGGAGUUGCACCGCUGAAAUAUUGCACGAUCGUAGAAAAUCGAGCAAAAGUUGAGCAUGUUCCAAUUAUAUCCAAGAUACAAUAUGACGACGAGAACAGUUUUUAUCAGAAACCUCGGCAAGUGUGGCUAGAAAAUUUAAAUACCAUAGAGGAAAAGAAAUUGGGUUUGAUAACCUUACAUCCGCAUAUCUACGCGGCAGCACCUCGUAUCGAUAUUAUUCAUCAGAAUGUGAGAUGGCAACAAAUGUAUCGCUGGGUCUGUUACGCCCAUACAAAAACGCGUGCUGAAGUCCGAGGUGGUGGUAGAAAGCCUUGGCCACAAAAAGGACUGGGACGAGCGCGUCAUGGAAGUAUACGUUCACCAUUGUGGAAAGGUGGUGGAGUGGCACAUGGUCCUCGAUCUCCAACGCCACACUUUUAUAUGUUACCAUUUUAUCACCGUAUAGCAGGCCUUAUAGCAACAUUAUCUGUAAAACUCGCACAAGAUGAUCUACAUAUAAUUGAUGAAUUAGAAAUUCCAACGUCGGAGCCUUCUUACGUAGAGCAGCUAAUUGAGGAAAGGAACUGGGGACCAUCUGUUCUUUUUGUAGACAGUUAUGAUAUUAUGCCCCAAAAUAUUACACUAGCUACUGAUCAAAUUAAACACGUCAAUCUAAUGCCUGUUUAUGGUUUGAAUGUAUACAGUAUGCUGAAACACAACACUCUGGUACUUACAGAAAAAGCAGCCAGACUCAUAGAAGAAAAAUUGCUUUAUCACUUACAUAGGGUGGACAGCAAUAAAGUACUUCGUCCAUUUAAACUUAAUCAACAAUGAGGAACAAUUUUUAAUGAAAUUAGGAACUCGUAUGUCAUUAAAAAUUUACUGUUUAUAUACAGAUUACAUUGCUUUGUGUAUGUACAUAUUUUAUCUGUAUCAUUUCAUUAUAUUCAAAUUAAAUCUUAAAUAUAUUUAAUAAAGUAAAAUAGU